AUGUCUUGAACAAGCCCCUCAAGUUUUUCCCUUACGAUAGCAGUUUAUUUUAUUUCCCAUCCGUUUACACUGUGAACAAGCCCUCAACAUUUUUCCUUGCCAUUGCAGUAAAUUAAUUUAUCGAUCCGUUAACGCUUUUUACAAGCUUUAACCGUUUUUAAGCCUUUUGCUUCAAUUUUAACACUUUGACGAAAAAUGGACAGCAGCUCACAAGCACCAACCUCCAACACCAAAAAAACACCUGAAGAUUAUCAGGAGCUAAAAGGUCAUGAAGCUGUGGCAGAAAUUACAAAGGAAACCGAAAAUCAUGGCAAGAUUAUCAACGACUCUGUGCAUGGAUAUAUUUCACUUCAUCCGUUACUGGUGAAAGUAAUCGAUACCAAAGCCUUCCAACGACUGCGAGAAAUUAAGGCUCUCGGAAUGGCAUCAUACGUUUAUCCAACUGCUAAUCACAGACGCUUCGAACAUUCAAUUGGGACCGCCCACCUUGCAGGACGUCUGAUUCAAGCCUUGGCUGUACGGCAUCCGACACUGAAUAUCACACACGACGAAAUCCUCUGUGUCAUGCUAGCCGGUCUGCUGCAUGAUAUCGGCCAUGGCCCGUUCAGUCAUAUGUUCGAUGCCUUUAUGGAAAGCAUGCAUCCAAGCGAAUCAUGGAAGCACGAAGGGGUAGCAGGAAAAAUCAUUGAUUACCUGCUCGACCCAAAAAAUGGCAUCCUGUAUCGAGAAUUCAAAAAUUACGGUCUAACGGGAACUGCUACUGCCAUCAUUAAAAAGAUGAUCGAGCCAGACGGAAAGGAGGCGAAAGAUCGAUUGUUUCUCUACCAAAUAGUUUCCAAUAAGCAGAGCGGGAUCGAUGUGGAUAAAUGGGAUUAUUUAGCGCGAGACCGCCGGCAGGCCAACGAAGGAGGCUCCUUUAGUCAUCAGCGCUUCAUUGACUUUUCCUGCAUUAUCCAGGUGAAAGCAAAAGACGGAUCCGUAAGCUCUGAAAUUGCUUACCGGGAUAAGGAAAUGGAUAACUUUUACGACAUGUUCAAUGUGCGUUAUCGGAUGCAUAAAAAGGUUUAUCGUCACCCGGUGGUUUUAGUUCUGGACUCUAUGAUGGAUGAUAAUGGGGAAAAGAAUGCGCUUUCAAACAUAUUCAAGUAUGAUCAAAUUGGGAACGGCGCUUUUCUGUUGGCUACGGACGAAAGUGUUCGCUUCUUGAUCAAUAAUACGCAACAGCCAACAGACGUCCAAGAAGCGCAAAAAAUCCAAGAAGCGCAAAAAAUACUGGAGAGAAUUGCUGAACGGCGACUUUACACCAUCAUUGGGCGCACGUAUGCCAAUAAAACUCCUGAAGAAAAAGUUAACGGGAAAGUUAUCCGAGCGAAAAUUGCUAACUCCGUCGCUGAUGAGGAAUUUGUUGCCUGGUGUGAGAAAAAUCUUAUUGUCCUCCCAAACGAGUUUAACUACGGGAUGAAAACUAAAAAUCCAAUUCUGUUUGUCAAUUUUUACGAAAAAGGCCAAGACGAAAAGCAACAGCUUUCUGAAGAAAAGCUGUCUCCCAUGAUGCCGAAGACGUUUUCGGAAACCGAUAUUUUGUUUUUGUGCCGCAAAGAGGAUAAGGAUUGUGAUGAAAAAGAUAAGAAAUUUCUGCAGGAUGCCACGGCCGCAGUGGAGAAAUGGUGUGCAGAAAAUCAGUAUGUUUUAAAGUCCAUGAAAAAAGACAAAACGUUGCAAUCCAUGAAGCGAAAACAAGAGCAAGACAUUGAACAAACUUCUAGAGCGCAGACGGAAGCGGAGACGGUUCCUGUGAAAAAAAGGAUGCCUUAGAGGAAGCGUGUUAGUCUGAAAUGACCGGCCGAAUUUCUCGAAGUUCUUCAGUAAGUACGCUGCCGUUCAUAAUCCUUUCCCGUUUUCUAUUCCCGAAAUUUUCGAUUUUCGACAUAUUAUUGCCUCCAGUUAACAAUUUCUCCGCUUUAUUUUUCUUUAGUUACGAAUUGUGCGCCAUUUUUAUAGCAGCAUUUCUCACAUUCGUUUCUUUAAUUUAUGUGUUUCUUCUGCUCAUACCUCUGUUUCGCUAAACCAGAAUAUUAUAAAGCCUUGUCUA